AAGUCCUUUGUUCUUGGACUUUUGCGGGACGUUCGGUCCGUGUCCGUCAUGGACCUCAUGAGCCAGUUGAAAUUUAGGUGGAGGAUCUGUCAGCUUUUUGGGCGACAGAUCAAUAAUCUCCAUGUUAGAGUUGCAGGUGCAGAUCGAAUUGCGGCAGUUUGCGUAUUAGGUGAGAUGGUUUGGUGAGGGAUUGAGGAAGGAUCAGUGCAUGGUGCGUAUGAACCUGCUGCAACAUUUUGAGGACAGCAGGUACUUCUAGACGAGAGUUUGCUGGAGGCCAUGGAAUUUGGUUAUGGUCAAAUUGGGGGCAUGACGCUUGUGAUGCUCAGUUGCUGCUGGGCUGCACUUGCGAAAGAGGAGUGCCCUCAAGCGAUCUUUGCAUUCGGAGCAUCAAUGUCAGAUACUGGCAACUCGGAGGCUGCUUUUCCUUAUCAAUCUGUCGCACAAUCGAAUCCUCCCUACGGAAACACCUUCUUCGGCAGGCCCGCAAAUCGAUUCUCUGACGGCCGAGUGGUAUUGGACUUUUUCGCGCAGGCUCUAAAAAUUCCACUACUGAGCCCUUACCUGCAGUCUGUGGGGUAUGACUUCAGUCACGGCGCAAAUUUUGCAUUCGCUGGAGUCACCACGCAGAACAUCACGUAUCCUGCCACAGUGACUGCUCCCUUCUACUAUUGGGUCCAGACGAAGCAAUUCCAACUUUUCAAAGAGCGAACACUGGCCUUGUGGACGAUAGCUAGUUCGAGGAAAGGGGCUCAAAGAAGCUACGUGAAGCUUUUGACGAAGCCGAAACACUUCCAGACUGCCCUAUACUUCACGACAUUCGGCGCCAAUGACUUCAUAGUUCCCUUAUUCAGACUGGGUCUCUCAAUCCAACAAGUUCAAUCCAACGUCUCGAUCAUUUCCAACGCGAUGGUGCAAAACACAGAAGAGCUGUACAACCAAGGGGCACGGACAUUGAUGGUGUUCAAUGUGCCACCACUCGGGUGCUAUCCAGCCUUCUUAGCCUCACCACGGAUCCGCAACAUGUCAACAGUGGAUCCACAUGGGUGCCUUGCAACUGUGAAUGAAGCCGUAGAAACCACAAACUCUUUAAUACGCUCUGGUCUAAAAGACUUGCGAUCAAAGCACCCAGAUGCUACAAUCAUCUACGCGGAUCUCUAUACGAUUCUUAAGGAUCUUAUCGUGAACGGCACAUCUUAUGGCUUUAAAGAGACUUUCAAGGCGUGUUGUGGAGCUGGUGGGGGAGCAUACAACCUGAACCCAAAUGUUAGCUGUGGAUUGAGUGCACUUGUAAAUGGGCAACUAAUUCAAGGGACAUCGUGCUCAGAUCCAGGAUCAUACGUUAACUGGGAUGGCGUUCACGUUACUGAUGCUGCAGCUAGCUUUAUAGCAAGAGCGGUUUUGCAAGGGAAGCACACUGAACCAGUUUACAAACUCACGGAGCUGUGCAGACUGAGUUUUGAGCAGUUCAGUCCAUCUCCGCCAUAAUAGUUGAUGUGAUAUUCCAAAAGCUUUGCUGGAAACACCAGUUUUUGUAACGAUGGUAGUUGCGUAUUACAAUUCGCCUUUUGUUCUUGUGUUUGAGGACGGAGACAAAGGGUCACUCCAAAAAGUAUGUUGAUGUGAAUUAGUAGACUAUAUAUUUGUCUAUACCUUGUGAGUGUGUGUUUAUAUAUUUACAUAUAAUACUCACACCAGAGUUAGUGUU